UUGAAAACUCAACGUUCAAUCAAGACUACCUCACGUCAUUUCAAAAGCACCGAAGUGAACAUCAUCGAUUUUAAUCUACUUCGAAUUCCACCGAAAAUCGAUAUAAAUUUCAUCGUUCAAGAUAUAAUCGUUCCACGUCUACCAGAUGGCUAUACAAUCGCAUUGAGUGAACCAAAGUCUCGUCCGGCUAGUUCGGUAUUAUUUUCCGAUGACGCAACGAGUGUGAAAAGAGACCGAAUUCAAAUUCAAUCAACCAAAGACUUUUUGAUUCCAACAAAUUCGCCACGGUUUUUGCAUCCAAAACGUACACUAAAAUUCAGUGUGAAAAUUCUCGAACGUAAACCAAUUGACGUGAAUGCCGAUGAGAAUGAAUAUCUAUUCUCUCAGUUGCUUCAAGACUUGGAUGAUAUGUACGAUAAACAACAGCCACAGAUUACAAAACAAAUGGAAGAAAUUUCUGACAUUCUUUCAAUGUCAAUAUCCGAUGAACAAGGCUCAGAUCAACAGGAUGUCGAGUCGAAUACAGACGAUAUGCUGUUUAAGCCGGAAGAAUUUACGUGGAAUCUUAAUAAGAAAGUCGAAGUGGUGCCAGAGGUUAUUGAACCAGUGGAAGAGGAGAGUGAACAUGAAUUUGAGGAAAGCGAUGAUGAUGAGUCACCCAUUCAAAAGAAAGACGAAAAUAUAAUUGGACGAUGGAGCACAAGGGAUGUACACGAUCCAAAAUUUAAUGAAGAAAAAUUGGCAGUACAAUUUCGAGCCGGCAGGCUAGGAUGCUUUGGAUUGGCUGUUAAUUGGUAUGCAAAUCUUCCGUUUCAAACAUGGGAAUGCAAGCCGGAUUUGAAAAAGCCUGGACAUAUAUUCUAUUCUUUGACAGCGUCUGUUGUUAGCAUCGACAUAACUAUUACCGAAACCGGCCUAAUUUUGAAUUCAUUUCAAGGUGGAACGGCACCACCAAUUCAAGAUGCAAUCGGUUCAACGAUGUCAUUCCAAGAACUGAAGGAACUCUUAUACAAGUCAGGCAUCAAUUUGUUCCCAGACAAAGAUGCAUUUUGUUAUUGCGAAACCAUAUGCGAAAAAGAUGUGAUUAUGGAAUUCCAUUUGUACGAUUGUAUGGCGCAUUUGGGUCUAACACACAAUUUCAUGUGGUCACGAUGGAAUAGUCAAUUGAAUAGUCGAUCGAUAGCACUAUUGAUUCGGGAAAUAAUUGAGAAGAGAAAAACGCCAACAUAUUCCACGCUCUUUGUGACUCCA